CAGGUGCUGGGUGGGGAGCGGGCUCUGUGUACCACCAGCAGCCAGGGUGAGGGGCGCUGCCUCCAGCUCCCCAGGUCCCCGUGGCCAGCAUGGAGUCUCUACUGCCAGUGCCCUUCUGGGAGGACCUGUAUGACAGCCAUCUGCAGGGCAAUCUGUCCCUGCUGGGUGCCAACCACAGCCUGCCCCCCCUCAACGACAGCCACAGCGCUUUCCUGCCCCUGGGGCUCAAGGUUACCAUCGUGGUGCUCUACCUGGCUGUGUGCAUUGGGGGGCUGCUGGGGAACUGCCUCGUCAUGUACGUCAUCCUUAGGCACACCAAGAUGAAGACAGCCACCAACAUCUACAUCUUCAACCUGGCCCUGGCAGACACGCUGGUGCUGCUGACACUGCCCUUCCAGGGCACCGAUGUGCUCCUCGGCUUCUGGCCAUUCGGGAACGCCCUGUGCAAGGCGGUGAUUGCUAUUGACUACUACAACAUGUUCACCAGCACCUUCACGCUCACCGCCAUGAGUGUGGACCGCUAUGUGGCCAUCUGCCACCCCAUCCGUGCCCUGGACGUGCGUACAUCCAGCAAAGCACAGGCUGUCAAUGUGGCCAUUUGGGCACUGGCCUCGGUGGUGGGUGUGCCGGUGGCCAUCAUGGGCUCAGCGCAGGUGGAGGGCGAAGAGAUCGAGUGCCUGGUGGAGAUGCCCAGCCCACAGGACUACUGGGGGCCGGUGUUCGCCAUCUGCAUCUUCCUCUUCUCCUUCGUGGUGCCGGUGCUCAUCAUCUCCGUGUGCUACAGCCUGAUGAUCCGCCGGCUGCGGGGUGUGCGGCUGCUAUCCGGCUCGCGGGAGAAGGACCGCAACCUGCGGCGCAUCACGCGACUGGUGCUGGUGGUGGUGGCGGUGUUCGUGGGUUGCUGGGCGCCCGUGCAGGUGUUCGUGCUGGCGCAGGCGCUGGGUGCGCAGCCCGAGAGCGAGGCGGCCGUGGCGGGCCUGCGCUUCUGCACUGCGCUAGGCUACAUCAACAGCUGCCUCAACCCAGUGCUCUACGCUUUCCUGGAUGAGAACUUCAAGGCUUGCUUCCGCCGCUUCUGCUGCGCGCCUGCUCUGCGCCGCGACGGCCACGUGUCGGACCGGGUGCGCAGCAUCGCCAGGGACGUGGCCCUGGCCUGCAAGACCUCCGACGCGGUGCCCAGGCCCGCGUGACUAGGCGUGGACCUGCCUCUGGGGCCUGUCAGCCCGCAGAGCCCCAGCACACCCAACACGGAGCUCACACAGGUCACGGCACUCUAGGCUGACCUUCAACUUCCCUAGGGCUCCGGGGGCUUGGGGAUGUGGCCCUUGGGUCCUGGCAUUGGCUGCCAGGCUGGCACUGCAACUCCCAGGUGUAGGGCAGAAGGGUCAUGGACUUCCGGGUGGAGGGAGCGUGCGUGGUCUAAGUGCCCACAAUUGGUGGGCCUUUCUCCCUUACUGCUAUAUAUGUGCUCCCUGGGCACCUGUAGGCCAGGGGUCAGCGCCCCCCUGGGGCUGCCACAAGGGCUGGACGCUGCCUUUCCCGGGACUGGACUCGCUGCUGCUCUGGACUCAUCCAGCCUCCAUGCUGCCCCAUUUUUGACUGUGCCUGCAAUUGGCCCAGGGGGAAGAGGGGCCCCUGACUCUGGGCCACCUUCCUGCUUCCAGCAUCAGUCCCUGUGCCUGGCCCUGACUGCUCCAUAUCAAGCAGAUUCUGCCAAACUCUCUCCAGGGGUCUCUGUGCCCUCCUUCUCGACUUCCUCCCCCCACUUACCUUGGAAACAGAGUUGUGCAGCACACGGCACCCUGUACCCCAUUGGGACCCACAGGGUGGCCUUUAGGGUGGGCUGUGCUCUGUACCUCCGAUCUCAUUUAUCCAUCUCCAGAGACCUAUGUGGGAGGCCUGGGAUUCCUGCUGUCAGGACUUACUGUAAAUAGUGCCCAGCUGGUCGGAGGUUGGUUGGGAGUGCUUAGUAAGCAGGUCUGGCGGGCAGCCCCCACCCCCAUCCAUGUUGUGGGCAGCUUGCAGACAUCAAGUUAGCAGGUCCCUCUUUGCAAAGGAGCUGGAAGACAUCCCUGCAGCAUAGAACUGGCUGCCCCUGCCUGCUAGGUGUCUGUGGGCCUGCCAGGCAUAAAGCAUGGACUCUGCACUGACUUCUCUGAGCCCUUGAGGGGAGGGGGCUGGGCCAUCCACUGCCAAUCAGGGCAGGCUGCACGGCUGGCAGGCUGCUCUUGCCAAGGCUGAAACAUUCGUGUCUUUGUGCUGUGUGAUGUGUUUGUGUAUGAUGCAUGUGCCAAGUGUGACUUUCUCUGCAUGUAGUUAAUCUUGGGGGUGAAGAGGUGCCCCAAUAAACUCAGCCUGCCCGCCAGGGCUUUCCUCACAA